AUGGAGGCUGCUGACGAAGGUGAUGGCUUGAGAUCUGCGUCGUCGAGCCCUGUUGUGCGCAGCCAGUCUGGGAACCUCAGCGUUUGGAAGUUACCCAGCAUCAAACAGAAGCUGAAGGAUCACCUCAUUACUGCGCAGGAAGCCCUGCUGCAACAGAGCCAGGAGCGGCACGAGAUAUACAGUGCCACCAACUCAAGCAAGAAGGACACUAAGGACACCAAGGCACCCACCUUGCCACUUCCGCAAAGUUCGGAGAGGGCUGUGUCACGUAGGGCCUCUUCGAUUCUUCAAGUGCAGGAUAUGGCUGCAGAGAAAAGAGAAGCCCUGGAGCCGCUUUGGCCGAAGAGAUGGCACGAACCCUCAGACAAGAAUCUCUCGUCUACCUCGCCAUCGCAGCCUCAGGAGGAUGUGUCUCCUGAGUCAGGCUUGAGCAGUGGACGAGCUCGUGCCAACACUUUGGAUAACCUCACACCGACCGUUGCAGAAAACAUGAGGACUGUCUUCUCUGAUUUCCGCAAGGCGUAUGCUUACAUGGGCAUCGAUUGGUACACGGUCCAAAAGAAGAGGCAAAACUUUUCGCUGCUCUUCUUCAUAGAAGAGCUCUACUACUGGUGCUAUGCCACCUACAUUGUCUUGAUCAUCUUGUUUGGAGCCGUGCUUUUUUGGUACGAGCCGGGAGGCAAGUUCACCUUCGCCCAAGCACUGUACACCUCAGCGAGCUGUGUCUCUCAAAGUGGGCUGGCGGUGGUGGAUUGGUCUAAACAGUCAGAUCGCACCUAUGUCAUCAGCUUCUUCUUGAUCUUGCUGGGCUCUGCAUCCCUCCUUCACCUGAUGCCGGUGAUUCUUAGGCAGAACUCUUUUCGAAUGCAAGCCAAGAUGGCUUCCUGGCAGAAGUUUGUGCAGGAACAGGAUCGGCAGAGCAGGAUCCUUUCAUCGGGUAAACUGGUGAGUCUGCCACGCUCGCUUUCUGAUCCAGGUGUUCCAGAGACCUACGUGCAUCACAUCAAUCAUGAUGGCCAUGCUCAAGGUGCAGUGCGAUGGGCACCUAGGCAGACGUCUGCGGAGGAGGCUGAUCAUUACAGUCCCAAAGUGGGCACCUGCAGCCGGGCUUUGGCAAGGAAGCAUCGAAUGGAGUACAAGGCACUUGGAAAAGUGCUGAAAAUCAUGCUGGGGUACUGGUUAGUCAGCCAUUUUCUUGGUGCGCUCGUCUUUUACCUGUACUUCAAGAUUCGGCAAAACGAAAUCCAGGAGAAGUUUCACAGGGAGGGUCUCCAUCCCCUGUACCAUGCACUGUACCUUUCCGUGUCCAGCUUUCAGAACAAUGGUUUGGUCAUGACGCCAUCCUCGGUCAUGGACUUUGUGAGAAGCCCGAUACUUCUCACCACAGUUGGCGUUCUGAUCGUCUUGGGGAAUACGGGGCUACCUAUCAUGGUGCGGCUAAUCGCUGCGAUCUGGAGACGGAGUACGCGGCCUCAUUCUGAGACCAGAAGAGUCCUGGAUUUUCUGAUGGAGCACCCGCGCCGUUGCUUCACGCACAUGUUCCCGGCUGUCCACACCAUGUGGCUAAUGCUGGUUGUCGUCGGCCUAAACAUUUUGGGCACCCUCGUGAUCCUGAUCCAGGAUUUUCACAGCCCGGCUUUCAAGGGGCUGCAUGCCCAUGAAAUCUUGGGCAACGCCUUUUUCCAGACGGUCUCCACACGCACCGCAGGAAUGAACUCGGUCAACAUUGCUCAGCUCUCGCAGGGUACGACCUUCUUCAUGGCCGUGAUGAUGUAUUUCUCCACAACGCCCACCGUUGUUACCAUGCGGCUCUCAGCAGCGAUGCAGGAGCUGGACAUCACGGGCAGGGUGGAAGGUGUCGAGGAGACGGUCUUGACUGGGUCGGAGAACUCUCUGAAGGGCCAGGCACGAAGAUACUUGACCCAAGACGCAACAUACCUUGUGGUGAUAUGCUUUCUGAUCUGUUGCUUCGAACAGAGCAGUUUCGCCAGGGCAGCGAGGGACCCGUCGCCUGACAGCGAUGGCAUCUACACAGACUUUGGUUUCUUCAAGGUUCUGUUCGAGCUGCUUUCGGCCUAUGGAACUUGCGGCCUGAGCCUGGGAUACGAGAAUCAGACCUUUUCUUUCAGUGGAGUUUGGAGCCAACCGUCUCAGCUGCUGCUAGUGGCGACCAUGAUCCUCGGGCGUCUCAGGGGGCUUCCAGACUCGAUUGAUGCAUCAGUCCGUGUGGCAAUGACCAAAGACGACGCUGGCACCACUGCAGUCAAGAAGGGGCCUUCAAGGUUCCAGGUUACGCAGUCUGAAGGGUCCCUGGGGGUCUUGGGGCAGGCUCAGGUCGUGGUGGCCAGGUGGCAGAACCUGUGUCACUUCCCUGCAGCUGCAGAACUAGUGCGACGUGCCUGCGUGUCACGUGAUGAGAGCAGUGAGCCACAAUCGUUGGACCCGAAGCUGCGCGCCUUGCAACGGCAGCAAAGGACAGCCAUGAACAGCAAUGGACAGAUUGUGUGCACUGCGUGCAGAGACAGGCCCUUACUCGGGGGAGACCCGCCCAAGCUCCGGGAUGACGAACAACUGCGCCUUGUCACGGCAGAUGUUCUGCUCGGGCUCAUAGAGGAAGGCGCCGACAGUGAGGCAGCUGCCCUGCCACUGGAGAAGGUACUCGCCCUGCCAUGGCCUUCCGGCCUUGGCUUCGUGGUGGAUCGCUGCCUGUUUGGAGGCGGCCUCUGGCGUGGAGAAGUUGUGGAGAUCUACGGCGCCCCUGGAACAGGAAAAACGCAGCUGGGUCUCUUCCUUGCAGCGUCGACUGCGGCUUCCACUGGGGCUGCGGUCCACUACAUCACGAACAAGGACCCUCCCGCGACUUUGGCCAAACGCUUGCAGACCAUUGUGCAGUCUUCGCAGGUGGAGGACAUGGAGAUGCUGUUGGGAAAGAUUCGCAUCUCUAGCAUGACCGACUUCACGGCCUUUGCCAGGCUCAUGGUCUCUGCGCUGGCACAGCCUGGGGAAUCCUUGCCGGCAUUGGUGAGCUCGCUCAGCUCCAGCUCGCGAAGCUCGUUAGAGUCCGCGAGAUUACGUGCGUCUUGUACGACGCAGAUCACUUUCCUUGAUCCGCACAAUGUAGUCUAG